GGCCGGCCAAUCAGCGGGCGAGCGGCCGCCGGCGCGCGCGGGGGCUGGCGGGCUGGGCCUGCGCGCGGCGGAGCGGUGGGCGCUGCGUGGAGCGAGGCCGGGGUUGGCAACUUGCAGAGUCCUGAGGCAUUCAGAGUAAAAAGGCUUUCCUCUCUCACUGACAGUCUCCACCAUGAUUCAUAGUCUUUUCUUGAUCAACUCCUCUGGAGAUAUUUUCCUGGAGAAACAUUGGAAAAGUGUGGUCAGCCGUUCUGUUUGUGAUUACUUUUUUGAGGCUCAAGAGAGAGCUACCGAGGCAGAAAAUGUGCCUCCGGUCAUCCCUACCCCUCACCAUUACCUCCUAAGUGUUUAUCGCCACAAGAUCUUUUUUGUGGCUGUGAUCCAGACGGAGGUCCCACCUCUGUUUGUCAUUGAGUUUCUUCACCGAGUAGUGGACACAUUUCAGGAUUAUUUUGGAGUGUGUUCAGAGCCAGUGAUCAAAGACAAUGUGGUUGUGGUUUAUGAGGUAUUAGAAGAGAUGCUUGACAAUGGGUUUCCAUUGGCUACCGAGUCCAACAUCCUCAAAGAACUGAUAAAGCCUCCCACUAUCCUUCGCACAGUUGUCAACACCAUCACAGGAAGCACCAAUGUGGGUGACCAACUUCCCACUGGGCAGCUGUCAGUGGUGCCUUGGCGACGGACUGGGGUGAAAUACACCAACAAUGAGGCCUAUUUUGAUGUGAUCGAAGAGAUUGAUGCCAUCAUUGAUAAGUCAGGUUCCACAAUCACGGCUGAGAUCCAGGGGGUGAUUGAUGCCUGUGUGAAGCUGACUGGCAUGCCGGACCUCACGCUUUCCUUCAUGAACCCCAGGUUGUUGGAUGACGUCAGCUUUCAUCCUUGUGUCCGAUUCAAACGCUGGGAAUCCGAGCGCACCCUGUCCUUCAUCCCUGCGGACGGGAGCUUCCGCCUGCUCUCUUACCACGUCAGCGCGCAGAACCUGGUCGCGAUUCCGGUGUACGUCAAACAUAACAUCAGUUUCCGGGACAGUAGUUCCCUUGGACGCUUUGAAAUAACAGUGGGACCCAAGCAGACUAUGGGCAAGACCAUAGAGGGUGUGAUGGUCACCAGCCAGAUGCCCAAAGGGGUCCUGAAUAUGAGCCUCACUCCGUCUCAGGGGACGCACACGUUCGACCCCGUCACCAAGAUGCUGUCUUGGGAUGUAGGAAAAAUAAAUCCCCAAAAGCUACCAAGUUUGAAGGGGACCAUGAGUCUUCAGGCUGGAGCUUCCAAACCAGAUGAAAACCCCACAAUUAACCUACAGUUUAAGAUCCAGCAGCUCGCCAUUUCUGGACUCAAAGUGAAUCGUCUGGAUAUGUAUGGAGAAAAGUACAAACCCUUUAAGGGCAUAAAAUACAUGACCAAAGCUGGAAAAUUCCAAGUUCGAACAUGAAGGGAGAGUUUUACAGAGGCAACAGUCAUGAACACUUUAAUUUCUUACUUGAUUAAAAGUAAAAAAUACCA